AUGCCAAAGGUGGUCAGGCGUUCCGCCUGCGAUCGGUGCAGAGCCAAACGGGUCCGGUGCCCACGUGCCGAGAACUCCACGGCGCCGUGCGCCCGCUGCGUCCAUGUCGGCGCAUCAUGCGUGACGGGCUCGCCUGGCCAACCUGGACGGCCGCGCAAGGCCCAUAUCGCUGGUGGUGCUACCCCCAGCAGCCCGCCCGCGACCGAUGCCGACCUCAACUUGCCUGAGUGCUGGUCGAUACCACGGGCUGGCGAUGAUGUUGAGCUACGCAUACCUGCACCGGAUGAGCCUUCAACAUCUGCGUGGUUCGAGGCAGAUGGCUCAUCGUGGAACAUCCUGGAUGAUCUCGGGCAGGUUGACCUCAUGCUCUCCGAGCCCGCUGUCAACCCGCCAAAGCCUCCGGUGCACCCGGGCUUUCCGGGUCAAUGGACAGCGUUUGAUGAUAAUGAAUAUCUUGGAUAUGGAUCGGCCGAGGAAUGUCCCGCGCCGGACAACUUCUCGACACUGGAUCAAUCGAUCACUUCGUCGAGGCAUCAGGACACAGGGAACGCGGCAGGGGAUCUCGAUGUGGCGCGGCCGGGGCUCGGCGACAUAUAUGACGAGGGUGCAUUUCUUAUUUCGCCCGGAUGUAUGUCAAGGCAGGGUGUUCUUCAGCACCGACAUGCUGCGAAGUCGCUGAGGCGAUACGCAGAGACUAUGGAACGGCGCGUCGCGGCCGUGGGAGCUCUCCUCUCGGACCCGCUCAACAUCGUGAAGGAUUGCGCGGAGAAGGGCUGUGCAGACAUGGCGACCGAGAACCCGCUCUCUAUAGUGCUCAACUGUACUAAGGAAUUCGUCGACAUUAUCCAAAAUUUGACGAAGGCGCCUCGAUCUCCAGCCUCGGAAAUCUCGGCCCCUGACAGGCUUAUUCUCGCCAACGCCACCUCGUCAGCUGCGCAGAACGAGUCCAUUGACACAGAAACAACGCUCUUGAUCCUCUCGAGCUACAUCGCGUUGAUGAGACUCUACGAUUCGCUGUUUCAUGAUGUUUACCACCGCAUGUGUCAAAUACCGGCAAACACGAUCAAGGAGAUCAAAGUGAAAUCCGUUCUACGCAUCGGCGGCAUCUCUUCGCUGCAGGACAUGCCGGGGAAAGCAUACGCGAUAGGAGUAGUCGAGGUCAUACGGAGCCACAUCCGGACUCUGGAGCACUCCAUGGGGCUUCCGGCUGCGUAUUGCCUUUCUGGAGAGACGAACCCCGCGCACCCGACCAAGGGAGUGUUUACCGAUGAGAAACGUGCAAGUCUUUUUCAUACGGUGAUGGCCCAAGAAGACGUCCGGUCACGGGGAGGGAGCAUGUCGUAUGUGGAAUCGAUACGGGAGAAUAUUAAGAACUCGCUAUCUUUAUUUGAUACCUGA